AUGCUCUUCCAGGACCUUCCACUGGAGAUUCGGUUUCUUAUCCUGGGCCAUGCAAUCAAUCCGUAUUUCAUGGUGUGGAGAUCCGGGAGAACACCCCAGCAUGUAGUUUGGAAACACAGAGUCUCUGCCAGUCUUUUGGUUUGCAAGGACUGGAAUGCAAUUGUCCGAGAUCGCCUCAAAACCGUACCUCCUGAGCACGUCAUCAGUCGGCUCCCCGAAGCACUGGCUUUCCCAGUCGUAAAACAUAACAUAAAUAGGAUUUCCAAGUUGGACGAAGAUGAAUCCAUGACGGAAUCUGACGGCGAUCGUGAUGGUGAUGUUAAUAAGGAAGAUCUCAUCACCCAGAAGCUAGGAUAUAGCCUCAUCUGUUCCAUUGAUCGCGGAUUUAGAUCCUGCGUGGGUCUUCUCCUAGAAGCUGGCGUUAGUGUCAACUUCAAUGACUGGGGAGCCAUGUGGCCGCCUCUUCUGAUCGCGUUUUACGUAGACAACAUGGAGAUAGCCAAGCUUCUCCUGAGCCAUGGCGCCGAUUUGUAUAUGAACGAUGAGGAUGAUAUGACCUACGUAGGAUACUCGGUUCUCUGCGGUGCAGCGAGGAACAGCCUUCUGUCUUUGGCAACGAGGUUGUUGGACAGAGGUGUGCCAGCGCGGUUGGACGGUCUAGACAAGAAUCCCCUUACCGGAGCCCUUUCUAACAACGAUGUCUGUCCGCGUCUGUUCUGUGGGUACGAUUUCCAUGCUCAUCGCGACAGAGGUGCGGAUAUAAACGCUUGCGACUCACAAGAAGCAACCCCUCUAACUUCUGCCAUCGCACCCAAUGAAACUGUCGCCAAGUUCUUAAUCGAGCAUGGAGCGGUGAUUAAAGCGGACCAUAUCCGGGAAGCUGUUAAACAAUGCUCGCUCCCAUUCCUGCAAACACUGGUCGAUAGGGCUGGAGCAGAUUGGGCUGCCAAAGUUGCUCUGGAGGAAGCUGUACUGUGUAACAAGGUCGAGUUCGUCCAGUGCUUUCAGCACAGGGCGUUAAGCUAA